UGAAGGUACAUUUUCACGUGAUAGUACAGUCGUGACUAUCGUCACGCUUGCGUAUUACGUAUACUUGUACGUUACAUAACCUUUAAAAUUUAUUCAUAAUAAAAAUUUAAUAAUACACAAACGAAAGUCAAUUAUCAAUAUAAAUAAAUAAAAAUUUAUAAUCAGUUAAUUCACUGGUAGUGUUACAUAUUUAUUUCAUAAAUAAGAAAAAACUAGCUUGUUUAAAAUAGAACAUUAAAUAUGAAUUUUUUUCCUACAUGUAAUUUAUAAAUGUAUGAUAUAACUGUGUAAUACUAAAAUAUUUUAAAAAGUAAACAAUUUAUAAAAAUAAUAAAUUAUUUAUCGAAGUCAAUGCAAGUGAUGAAUGAUAUUAGUUCUACAUUUAAUUAACAAGAAUACAAGUUUGUAUCAAAUAGUUUUUAAUCAUAAUCGAUGUUUUCUACAUUAUGUAUUAAAAUGAAAAUUAAAUGUGAUUAAUGUUUACUUUGUAAAGUUCAUUACAAAUCACAUAUCCUAUAAUUUGGAUGCAUACUCCUUUUACAAUUGUUACAUUAUUGAAAGGUGCAGUUAUUUGCUUAAAGUAACAAUUUAUUUAAAAAAUAUAUAUAUAAUAAAUAUUGUACGAUGUCUAUAUUACAAAGACUGUCAAAAUAUCCUCAAAAUUUAUAUUGUCUGAAAAAUGUUAUUCAAAGAUGCCCAAAACGAAAUGAGAGUGUUUUAUCGGCGUCUCGACAAUCUUCAAUAUUAAAAACUGUAUUUAAAGCAAGUUUAGUAGGGAUUUCUGUCGGAUUUCCAGUUGGUAUAGCUAUCACACAAGGAUACACUUGGUACAAAAAUAAGGAAGCUUCACAAACAUAUCAUCUUCAAGGGAAAGAAGAGAAAAUUAAAAUACUUCAAGAAAAACCACCAGUACCAGUUUCUAGAGAGGUCAGAACUUUCUUGGAUUAUUAUGGAAUAUCUUAUGAGAUCGUGGAGGUUGAUCCUGUAUUACGAAAGGAAAUAUCUUGGUCAACUUAUAAGAAAGUACCAAUACUUUUAGCGGAAGUAGAUUCAGGAUAUCAACCUUUAAACGAUAGUUCAAUGAUUAUUUCCUUAUUAGCGUCAUAUUUGAAAGAUAAAUCUCAAAAAAUUAGUGAUUUAGUAGACUAUUAUCCAAGUAUAGCGAUACACGAUGAAAAUCAAAAAUUGAAAUAUGAAAUUAUGAACAAAUAUUUCUUGAUGUAUCAAGAAAAUUUUUCUACAAAAACAGAUGAGAUCAUAGAGGAGCGUAAGUGGAGAAAAUGGGUUGAUGAUGAAUUUGUGCAUACGCUAUCACCUAACGUAUACAGAACACUUGAUGAAGCUUAUAAAACUUUCAAUUGGUUUUCUGAAGUUGGUAAAUGGGAAGAAUAUUUUCCAACGUGGGAAAGAUUAAUUAUGAUAAACAUAGGUGCUACAGCUAUGUGGUUAAUAUCGAAACGAUUAAAAAAGAAGCAUAAUUUAAAAAAUGAUGUUCGAGAAUCAUUGUACGAUGGAAUUAACAAGUGGUUACGUGCUAUUAAAAAACGCGGUGGUACAUUUAUGGGAGGAGAAAAACCUAAUUUAUCAGAUCUUGCUGUAUAUGGAGUUCUGAAAAGUAUAGAAGGUUGCAGUGCUUUUAAAGAUGCUUUAAAUAAUACAACACUUAGCACAUGGUAUAAUGCCAUGACGAAGGAAAUAAAAGAACAUUUAGGAAGUAAAUAUUUAAUGGCUAAAUAAUAAGUAUUGUUUACAUUAGUUUUAUUAAGAUUAUAAUUUGUUUAUAAUUGUAUCAUUUUGAAUAUAGUUAAAUUUUAAAUAAAGUUAAAUUUUGUGUCAUUUCAUAUUAGUAUUACUACAGUAAAAAGAAAUAAGAUAUGUUUCGGAUAAUAAAUUUUGUAAAUAUGUAAAAAUUAAAAAAUAUAUGACUAAUAAAACUAAUUUAAUAUAAGAAGAAUAUAAAAUAUAAUAAUAAAAAAUAAUAAUAAUAUACACAAUUUGAUACACAAAAAAAAAAAUUCUUCAAGUUCUUUGUAUUUUACCGACAACGAUGGUCGUAAGAAAGAACAGCAAAUAAAGAAAAUCUUUAAGUCAAAUUGAUAAAACUAAUGUACUUUUAUUAUAGUAAAGUUUUCAAAUUAGGUUUAAGACAUAUCUAAGUAUUUUAUUUUCAAAAGAAGCUCAAACAAGAAAUGAAAAUAUUGAUUUAAUAAUGCCAAAAUUUGGUGCAAUAAAAUAUCAUUGAAAUGCUUAAAAGAAAUUAAAUAUUUUAUUAAAAUAAAAUUAUAUAUAUAUUUUUCUGCUGUAUAU